CGACAAGAUCCGAGUGAAGUCUGACCAUCACAAGACGCGCGAAUUUGGAUCACAUUUAGAUCAAGCGGAUUUCAUUGAAACGAAUGGUGUGAAAGGUGCAGGGCAAGCAUCACUCACACGGCUAUAAGGAUGCGGGUGUCGGGAUCGAGGAUUAAGCUGUGGUGUCCGCUUAUCUCGCUGGCACUGAUUCAGUUUCUUACCCCUGUUUCGGCUCAAGCUCCAGCUCCAAGAAGACUUCGAUUUAAAGUUCUGAGUGCAGGCAGGCUACUUGUCUCAUGGAAGGAACCAAAAGGAGAAUAUGAUGGUUACAAAUUUAUAUAUAAUAGUGAACCAGCAGAAGACCAGAGCAGUGAUGGAGACACCACUCAGCCUCAAAGACUGAAAGAACCAGGACCUGUGGAAGAGGGCAAUGAGAUCUCAGGAGUGGAUCAGUUUGUCUGCACAACUUCUGCUAUUGCGGAUAUUGUCAUCCUGGUCGAUGGAUCUUGGAGUAUUGGGCGAAUCAAUUUCCGUCUGGUUCGCAUGUUCCUUGAAAACCUGGUCAGUGCCUUCGAUGUGGGAAUAGACAAAACCCGGAUUGGACUGGCCCAGUACAGCGGGGAUCCACGAAUUGAGUGGCACUUGAAUGGCUUCAGCACAAAAGAUGCAGUAAUAGAUGCUGUCAAAAACCUGCCAUACAAGGGAGGCAACACUCUCACAGGUCUUGCUCUUACCUACAUCCUGGAGAACAGCUUCAAACCUGAGUCUGGGGCUCGUAGCAAUGUUCCCAAAAUUGGAAUUCUGAUAACUGACGGCAAAUCCCAGGAUGAUGUUAUCCCACCUGCUCAGACCCUGAGAAGUGCUGGAGUCGAGUUAUUUGCCAUUGGUGUGAAGAAUGCUGAUGAGAACGAGCUGAAGGCCAUCGCCUCUGAACCAGAGGAAACACACGUUUAUAAUGUGGCAGACUUCAGUAUCAUGAGCACUAUAGUCGACGGCCUGACCAAUAAGGUGUGUGAUGGAGUGGAGCAACAAGACAAAGAAAUUAAACGAGAUUCUUCCACUGAAGAGACGGCGUCUCCACCCCAAGACUUGGUCACUUCUGAGGUGACUGCACACAGUUUUCGAGUGACCUGGACUCAUACGCCUGGCAGUGUGGAAAAAUAUCGAGUUGUUUACCAUCCAACCGGGGCAGAUAUUCUGGAAGAGAUUGUGGUGGGCGGCACGAAGAAAUCAGUCGUCUUGCAGAAUUUGAACUCUCUGACUGAAUACGAGAUUGCUGUGUUCGCUGUGUACCGCAGCGCAGCAAGUGACGCUCUGAGAGGCAGCGAGAUCACGCUGGCUCUGCCAACAGUGAGUGAUCUCAAGGUGUACGAUGUGACAGACAACAGCAUGAGAGCCCGCUGGAGGGAUGCAGAAGGGGCUUCUGGGUACAUGAUCCUUUACGCUCCACUGAGCAGUGAGACUACAGAUGAAAGAGAGCUAAAGGUGGAUGAGUCGGUGACUGAUGUGGAACUGACUGGAUUGAUUCCUGACUCAGAGUACACCGUUACGGUCUAUGCUAUGUUCGGAGAGGAGGCCAGUGAUCCCGCUACUGUUCAGGAGACCACCAUGUCCCUGAGACCUCCACGUAACCUGCGGGUCACUGAAGUUGACCACAGCUCUGUGCGACUCAACUGGGACGCAGCGUCCAGUAAGGUUAAGGGCUACCGUGUCAUGUAUAUGAAGACAGAUGGUGUCCAGACCAGUGAGGUGGAUUUGGGUCCAGUCACCAAUGUGUACCUGAAGAACCUGUCACCCUUAACAGAGUACACCGUUGCAGUUUUUGCUCUCUACGAUGCCGGCCAAUCAGAGGCACUCAGUGGUGGAUUCACAACAAAGCUUGUGCCGGCCCCGUUCAGCCUGAUGACAUCAGAGGUGACCUCAGAGAGUUUCCGGGUCAGCUGGUCACAUCCUGCCAGGGAUAUGGUGCUCUAUAAGAUGAACUGGUCACCCACUGAAGGAGGAGAAGAGAGAGAGAUGAUGCUGGAUGGAGCUGUGGACUCAUAUGUGAUUCAAAACCUGAGUCCUUUUACAGAGUAUAAGGUGUCACUGUCAGCCAUCUAUAAAGACGAAACGGAGAGCAGCGUUGUGGUUGUGCUCGAGAAUACAUUGGGCUGGACCACAGAAGUUCCCACCACUUUCCCCUCCACUACAGCAUUUGUUCAUCUGGGAGUGAGUAACCUGUGGGUGGAUGAGGAGACCCCCUUCAGUAUGCAAGUGAACUGGGAGGCGCUGGACUCAGACGUGGAGCAGUACAAAGUGACAUAUGUCAGUGCAGACCGCACAGAAGAGACAGUGUUAGUCUCGGGAAACAGAAGAAGCGUGACCCUGCAACCUCUCCUCUCAGACACAAGGUACAAGAUCACAGUGACCCCUUUUUAUGCAGAUGGAGAGUCCACAGCUCUGGCCAUGGCCUCAACCGGCAAAACAAUUCCACUUUCUGGACCCAGUAACCUAAGGGUGUCUGAUGAAUGGUAUAAUCGCUUCCGCAUCAGCUGGGACAGCCCUCAGUUCCCUACUAUGGGUUACAGAGUCAUCUACCAGCCCAUCUCAGUGCCAGGUCCGGCUCUAGAGACGUUUGUAGGGGAUGAUGUGAACACCCUGCUGAUCCUCAAUCUGUUGAGUGACACGGAGUACAGCGUUCAGGUCAUCGCCUCCUACACCACCGGCUCCAGCCAACCCCUCACCAGCAAGGGCAAAACAUUGUUUCUGGGGGUGAACAGUCUCAGCACAUACCAGGUGCUCAGUAGCAGCAUGUGUGCCCAGUGGCAACCUCACCGCCACGCCACCGUCUACAGAGUCGUCAUUGAGUCACUGCUCAACGGUCAGAAACAGGAAGUGAGGGUCGGUGGUGGUGCAUCUAGAGAGUGCUUCUUCAACCUUUCCCCCGACACCCAGUACAAGAUCAGCGUCUACAGUCUUUUACAGGACACAGAGGGUCCUGCCGUCACCACAAUGGCAACCACUGUUUGCAAAGCAGCCAAGGCAGACCUGGCCUUCCUUGUAGAUGGCUCCUGGAGUAUUGGAGAUGACAACUUUCAGAAGAUUAUCCGUUUCCUAUACAGCACAACUGGUGCACUUGAUGUGAUUGGCCCAGAGGGAACACAGGUGGCCAUUGUUCAGUUCAGUGAUGACGCCAGGACUGAGUUCAAGCUCAGCUCCUACAGCGAUAAGGAGGCUCUGCUGGACGCCGUGCAGCGCAUCACCUACAAGGGAGGAAACACCAAGACAGGUCGAGCCAUUAAGCAUGUGAAGGAGGCCAUCUUUGCUGAGGACGUGGGUGCAAGGAGGGGCAUUCCUAAAGUGUUGGUAGUGCUCACAGACGGGCGAUCUCAGGAUGAUGUCAACAAGAUCUCUAAGGAGAUGCAGAUGGAGGGCUACAUCAUCUUUGCCAUUGGCUUCGCUGAUGCUGACUAUGGGGAGCUGGUGAACAUUGCCAGCAAACCCAGCGAGAGACAUGUGUUCUUUGUGGAUGAUCUGGAUGCCUUCAAGAAAAUUGAAGAACAGCUCAUAACUUUUGUUUGUGAGGCUGCGACUGCCACUUGCCCCUCGAUGUUGAUGAGCGGAAACACUUUAGCUGGUUUCCGUAUGAUGGAGAUGUUUGGUUUGGUCGAGAAGCACUACAACAGUGUGCAAGGUGUCUCAAUGGAGCCUGGGACGUUCAACAGCUACCCCUGCUACCGGUUGCACAAGGACGCCCUCGUCUCCCAGCCUACCAGGUAUCUACAUCCAGAAGGCCUUCCCUCUGACUACACUAUAUCUAUGCUGUUCCGCAUACUGCCUGAAACUCCUCAGGAACCUUUUGCAUUGUGGGAAAUCCUUGACAAAAACAAUGAGCCACUGGUGGGCAUUAUCCUGGAUAACGGAGGGAAAACAUUAACCUUCUUCAAUUCCGACUACAAGGGAGAAUUUCAAACGGUGACUUUCGAAGGAAGUGAAAUUAAGAAGAUUUUCUAUGGCAGUUUCCAUAAGCUUCAUGUGGCCAUCAGCAAAACCGCUGCUAAAGUGGUGAUCGACUGCAAAACGGUGGGAGAGAAAUCCAUCAAUGCUGCAGGGAACAUCACCAUUGAUGGAGUGGAGGUUCUGGGACGCAUGGUCCGCUCGCGUGGAAGGAGAGAUAACUCAGCGCCGUUUCAGCUCCAGAUGUUUGACAUAGUCUGCAGUACAUCAUGGGCCAGUCGGGAUAAGUGCUGUGAGCUUCCAGGCUUGAGAGUAGAAGAGGACUGUCCUGCCAUGCCCCAUGCCUGCACCUGUGCUCAGGAUAGCAAAGGACCACCUGGACCCUCAGGACCCCCGGGCGGUCCUGGUAUCAGAGGUUCAAGAGGAGAUCGGGGGGAGCCAGGCUUGACGGAGACUGCCGGGCAUUCACACUUUGUUUCAGCAGCCCGGCUGGUGGGGCCUCAAGGGCCACCUGGUGAGAUUGGAUCUCCAGGACCGCAGGGACCACCGGGUCCUCAGGGGCCGAAUGGACUGUCCAUUCAGGGGUCACCGGGGGCUCCAGGAGAAAAAGGAGAUAAGGGUGAAAUUGGUCUGCCAGGUCCUCAGGGUGUACCAGGUGCCAGUGGAGGACCAGGCCGAGAUGGACCUCCAGGACAGAGAGGCCUAACGGGUAAAGAUGGACCCCAGGGACGACAGGGUCCUCCAGGACCAAUGGGAAGCCCUGGAGCUCCUGGGGCUCCAGGACCAAGUGGAUCGCCAGGGCAAAUUGGUGAUCAGGGGCCACCUGGGCCUCCCGGCACCAAAGGCGAACGAGGAGAGAGAGGUGACAUGCAGUCUCAGGCCGCUGUCCGUGCCAUGGCGCGACAAGUUUGUGAACAGCUAAUUCAGAGUCACUUGUCUCGCUACAACUCUAUUUUGAACCAGAUUCCCAGUCAGUCUGUUUCAGUACGAACAGUACCAGGUCCACCGGGUGAGCCUGGUCGGUCAGGACCUCCGGGGCCACAGGGAGAGCAGGGUCCCGCUGGCAGACCAGGAUUCCCUGGAGCCAGUGGGCAAAAUGGCCGCCCAGGAGAGAGAGGUCUCCCAGGAGAAAGGGGAGAGAAGGGCAGUCCAGGGAUAGGGACACAAGGUCCUCGUGGUCCUCCAGGGCCUCCAGGGCCUCCUGGAGAAGGUCGGACAGGAAGUCAGGGCCCUCCAGGGAGACCUGGAAUUCAAGGCACCUCAGGACGUCCAGGUAUCCCUGGUAGCCCUGGUCCCGCAGGACCCCCCGGCUACUGCGACCAGAACUCCUGCCUCAGAUACAACAUUAGAGUACAACAGUUACCCUCCAACCCCUACCAAAACUACGAUCCUGCCACCAACUACAACAACGAUGAGGAGGAAGAGGACCCUUACGGUGGCUACCGUGCCUACCCUCCUCAGUACUACCAACCCAGUUACCCUGACCCCCAUGCCGCCAGGUUUGGCCCCGCCCACCCUGGUGACACGGUGGGGAUGAGAUCAGCUGGCACACGCCGCUUCUCCCGCAGCACGGCCGAAGAGGGGAGUGUUGAUGAGUCGGAAGUGCAAGUGAAGGCCAAAUAGCUCGGGUGGCCAGCCCCGGCAAACCGAGCAUCCACACACAAACACUUUUCAUCAGAAUAUCCUGCAGGAUAGGAUUGAGGGAAAUCCGAAAAGUGCCUGCUAUAUGCAUCCUUAUGGGGGGUGGGUUUGUGAAGAUUAGAAAAUGAAACUGUGCCGAUAUUAAUCCAGUGACUUUUCUGUCUUUUGUGAGGCUGCAUGUAGCCAAUGAGAUGAAAAGCAAGUUCAAAGAAGGAACACGGCACAAAAAAAUAAAAUCAUUUUCCCAAUCAGUACUUUUUGUCUGGUUGUCCAGUAAAAAUAUCUAAAAAGUAUUAAUUAAUUUACCUGAAGCAAAAUUUAUAGAAUGAAUUCAAAA